AUGUCUACUAUUCCCAACAUUGAUGAGGACGCCAGAAGAUGGCAGUCACUUACCAUCGACCAGAACCUGUGCACGUUCUGCCAGACGAUAGACUUCGAAAAGGCGGUCAACCUGUUUGAGCACUCUUCCGCCUCAAGGGACCCAAAGACCUACGAUGAUGACUACCAGUUUAUGGCUCAUUUUGGUAUCCGCAGCGUGCUCAUUGCCAAUCUCGGCGAUAGCUUCAAAGGCAAGCCUCAUGGUCCUUGCAGGAUGUGCAAAAUCAUGUGGGAAAACAAGCAGCAACUGAUAUCCCGGCUGGGCGAGCUGAACGAGACCCUCAAGAUGACAGGCAAUGACUCCCUUUGGGCUUUACCCUUCUCCGCGAAGCUCUUUGGCCCUCAUUCGAUUCAAACCUCGACUAUCCCCUGCAAACUUGGACUUGAAGCCGACUUUUCUGUCUUCAUGGUGGUUCCGGAGCCUUACACUCCCGAGGACUUCAGUGGCCGAGAUAAGAGAGCCCAAAUGCUAUCUCUAAACAGAGACAAUAACAUGCCCGUUCUCACGGUUCGCGACAACAGACGAGAUGGGUCAUUACUAUACAUGCCCAAGCUACUACCUCCCAUUUUCGACCCUCAGUUGGCAUCCGGGUGGCUACAGAAGUGCAGGGUGCAUCACGAGGGAUCUUGCCGUCUACCGCCAAACGUCAACACCGAGAUCAUUCUGAUCGACUGCACCAACUGCGAGAUCAAGACGCUGGAUAUGUCGUAUCCGUACAUAGCACUGAGCUACGUAUGGGGAGACGUGGUUCCAACACCCUUGAUCAACGGCGUCCAGGUACCGCCCACCACCUCAGCAGUCAUCCUCGAUGCCAUCCAAGUGACAAAGGCUCUCGGGUUUCACUAUCUCUGGGUGGACCAGUACUGCAUUAACCAGACCGACCUGGUCGUCAAGAUGAGGCAAAUCAACCAGAUGGACCAGGUCUUUGGUCAGGCUGAGCUGACCAUCGUGGCUGCGUGCGGCGACAGUGCCGCCUACGGGCUGCCUGGAGUAUCUCACCGACGAGCCAGAGAGCAGUUUCAGCGCCCCGUCAAGCAGGGGAGCUACCAAGUUGUCGAGCUAGGACCUGAUGCAUUGUCAGACACGGCGAGUGCCGAAUGGAGCACCCGCGGAUGGACGUUUCAGGAAGCCUGGCUUUCCAGGAGACUCUUAGUCUUCACAGACAAGCAGUGUUACUUUGAGUGCGAGGCCAUCGCCUGCGCCGAGAGUCUAGAGUAUGGCGAACGUAUCUGGGAACUUGACGAUAGACCCCGAAACUUUAGGCAUCUCGAGUUUGGGCCGUUUUCUCGCUUCGACGAGUCGAUGAGCCUCCUCUGGCCGUCUGCUCAUGUCGAUGAGAUUCGGACUCUACUGCACAGAUUCAGCAUGCGGCAGGUCAGGUUCGAUCAAGACUCUCUCAACGCCGUGGUCGGUGUACUCAACUCUUCUCAAAGAAUGCAUCUAGAAACCGACUACAGGGGAGCGGGAGGAUCAGUUCUCUUCACAUCUGCCAUGGGAAUCCCCCUACUCGUCGGCGAUCAUUACGGUCAAUCUGUGCUACAACAAACACUCGUGACAGGAAUGUCGUGGGUACAUGUUGCAUCCGGCAGAGGACGCAUCCUGCAAGGUGCAGUUCCCCGCCGAAGGACUACAUACCCGUCUUGGACCUGGGCAGGGUGGGAGGGAAUCGUUGAGACACUAUGGGUCUGGAUGCAUACCAUCGACUUUGACUCGGCCAUGGAAAAUACACACGUAACGGUUCUUCGCAAUGGGAGUACAGCGCGGGUUUCCAUCUCCGAGGUCAACCCCACCACUCAAGCAACAACUCUGUGCUUUGACGCCCUACAGGUACCCCAUGACUGGCUGACCUUUAAUACUGGCCUAAGAGAGUGGCGGCUGCGUGGACUUUCGAUUUUACUAUAUGAGACAGAGCCUAUCGUGCCUACAGAUCUCCUCACGGAUCUACAGAGUGGCCACCACAGCCUUUCGCUGGUGGGAUACUCGAGCGAGGAAUGGAAGUGUCUAGUAUGGAUCCUACGCAGGACUGCCUCAGCCUGGACAAGAGCUGGGAUGCUCUACCUCACAUCUGGAGAUCCUCUCGGCUCAGAUUCCAACUCUAUAGACCAUGCUAGUCGUUGGAAGACUUUUACCGAUUUCAUGAGCAACUUCAUAGAAACUACAUCUAAGGUUUCUUGGGAGGUGGAAUGA